AUGCAAAGAGACAGAAAGGUGUUUGGUGCUGUGUGCCCCAACCAAAUGGGCCAACAUGGGAGAAGAGCUGCAGGGAAGAAGAAGGAUAAACUGGUCCCGAGAAGCAGCAGUCCAGUCAAUGUGUACGUUGAGCUCCCCUGUAUUAUUGAACACGCUUUUUCAACAAUUGCAUGGGAUGAUUUGGAAGACUGUGCGUCUGUGAUGAGACGGGAGAGCGACACCCUCUGCUCUCAGGUGAAUGAAUCUGAUGUAGAUGACCAAUACUUUGGAGAUUAUGCGCUGGAUUUCAUGGCAGAUUCUCCUGCCACACUGGAGAGCAGUCUGUCUCCAGCUGAACUGGUACCAUUUCAGGGAUGUGUCAUACCUCUCCUGACCCCUCAGCGGUAUUUCUCUUUAGAGGACAGUCUGGUUCACUCUUCCACAGAAGCAGCCAGCCCAUCUGCCCAACAUGGAGCUCCCUGGCAGGGCAUCGCCCAGUGCCAAGCCAGGGCGUUGGGAGAUUCUAUGGAAGUCAACAAUCAGCUCCAUGAGACUCUACACCAAAAACAGGAAGAGAUUGACUCCCUUCAGGAGAGAAACCUUCACCUAAUGCAGCUGGCCAGCCGUGCAAAGCACCUGGCCUCAGUGCUUGAAAAACUAAUGACAGUCAGAGACCCAAAUGUGAGAGAACCUUGUGGUGAUAAAACUUCACUUAGUCCCUGUAAGCGUCAGCGACUAGAUGAAGGAUAUGAAACAGAGUCUUCUGAUUCAGUGGAGGACAUGCUGAGGGACGUCAGCACACGCUGCAAUGCCGCCCUGCACAACGCUGCUACUGGAACAAGACUACCGCAGGAAUCAGAGACUAUACGUAUGUUCGGUGCAUUCUCUGGCCUACAGACUUCUUUAUCCAAAGACAGCAGCAUGACGGUGGACGGAGCAGAGCCCGAGGAGUGCGUCUCAUCUUUCAGAACGUCUGUUAGAGAACACUGCACCAUAAGGACUCGAGUGUUUCCUCAUGGACGUGCCUUCACCUCGAGGACUCAGCAAGGAGGAUACCGCUUCCGCUGGGUUCCCAACGACAGCUGAAAGCAGGGUUAACAAAUGUAAAAUUGCAUCCAUUAAUGCUUCUAAUUAGCGACGGGAGGAAGUGUGGGUGGGCAGUGACUGUUAAUGCCUAACUAAUAAUCUAUAGUGAGAUCUGUAAAUGAUUCAAUGAUGUCUUCCUCAGGUAGCGUGUAAGCCAAUCAGUCAGAGGAGCUGCCUGACAAAGGAAAUGAUACUGCCAAAGCUUUUGUUUUCAUUGUGUUUCUGUUUACAUGCCUCAAAAUGUAAUGAUCUAGCCAAACAAUGGAGCAAUGUCAUGUUUAU